UGGACAUGCUGGGCAUGUGUUGACAAAUAUUUGCAAAGUUUGUCCAUUUUAUGUUUUAAAUAUCCGGCCCAUGGUGUGCUCAAGCCAGCAUAACCAUUCAUAUGCCAGUGUAUGUAUGUAACAAGUGAAGCAUGCUAAGAUAUUUCUAUUGUGAUUUAAAUGAAUUCCUCUGAAUUAGCAGUGUGCCAGUGAAGAAACAGGUAGCCGGUUCUACUAGUGGCUGUCAGAAUUCCAAGUAUGUCACCAUUUUACUGAAAGUACGCAAAGUUUAUCAACUAUCUGUUGUCAAAUUCUUCAAUUGUUCAUCAAGGCCUGGAAAAACAUCAGUACAGGUGAAUUGAGGGGCUGAAAUUUAAUGUUAUAACUAAUUGUGUGUAUGCAAAGGGUGUGCUAGCCCAUGGAGAACUGUCAUUGAUUGGACUGUUGGAGUUGACUGUUGUAAAUUAAGGUGUUAUUAUAAAUAGACUGUUGAAACGGAAUACCUUCGCUUGUGUAUUUGAUCAACUCCCAGCAAGUGUCUGGAAGAACUUGUGUCUUCCAAAGUUUAGUUUCUGGGAUUUAUUAUAGAUAUUGGUUAUUGAUUAGCAAUACAGAUUAAUCCUGAAAAUGUAACACAGAGUGGAGAGAACAGAAAGAAAAACCUCCGAGAAAACAUGAUCAAAAUCUCCACACAGAAGAUGAGCAAUGAGUUGUGAGUGAGAGAUCAACAUGGAUGGUCCAGAAAAUGGAGAGGGGGAUCAUGGAGUGGAGGACAUGAUCAACCUCAGUGUCCUGGAUGAGAGUGUCAUACAGAGAAACAUAAGGAUCCGAUAUGAACGGGAACUCAUCUAUACUUUCACAGGAAGUAUCCUGGUUUCAGUCAACCCGUACAAAAUGUUCAACAUCUAUGGACUGGACAUGGUCAAGAAGUACGAGGGCCGCCCACUGGGCUCCAUGCCUCCACACCUGUUUGCCAUUGGAAGUGCAUCUUAUGGAAAGAUGAUGAAAGACACAGAGAACCAAGUUCUAGUGAUCAGCGGAGAAUCAGGGUCAGGAAAAACAGAGGCCACAAAGUUAAUCAUGCAGUACCUGGCUGCAGUCAACAAGUCCGGUAACAACCUCAUCACAGAGCAAAUUCUGGAGGCCAACCCUCUACUGGAAUCCUUUGGUAAUGCCAAAACAAUUCGGAAUGACAACUCCAGCCGAUUUGGGAAAUACAUUGAAGUCUUCUUUAAGCAUGGGUCCAUCGUCGGAGCACGUACUCUGGAAUAUCUAUUGGAGAAGUCACGCAUGGUUACCCAGGCCCAGGAUGAGAGAAACUAUCAUGUGUUCUACGAGAUGCUGGAAGGGAUGUCCUCAGACCAGAAAGGAAAAUACGGUCUGCAAAAUGCGGAGAAGUACUUCUAUCUUAACCAGGGAGGGAACUGUAAGAUUUCGGGGCGAGAUGACAGAGAGAAUUAUCGAGCCCUGAUGGCUGCCCUGGAUGUGCUCAGCUUUGAGAGAAGUGAACAGGACACCAUCUUCAAAAUACUCUCCUCUGUCCUUCACAUCGGAAACAUUUAUUUCAAGAAAAUUCAUGAUGAGGCUAGCCAUGACACUGUACUUCUGGGGAGUGAUGCUGAGAUCAAAUGGAUCUCCCACCUCCUACAGCUGUCGGAGGACUGGCUCAAACAGGCUCUAACCACCAAAGUCACUGAAACAAGAGGCGAUCGUGUUCUUACUCCAUAUAACAUCGAUCAAGCUCUGGACGCAAGGGAUGCUGUAGCCAAGGCUCUAUAUAGUCGCCUAUUUACCUGGCUGGUCGAGAGGAUCAACAAUAUCAUCUGUCGAGCAGAGCGAGACAAAAACACUUCCUUGGCUGUCCUUGACAUCUUUGGAUUUGAAGAUUUCCACAUGAACAGCUUUGAGCAGCUCUGCAUCAAUUAUGCCAAUGAAACCAUGCAGUUCUUCUUCAAUCAACAUAUUUUCCGUCUGGAGCAGAAAGAAUAUUCACGAGAGGGUAUCGAUUGGUCAACAAUAGAAUUCCGUGAUAACCAACCUGUGAUCGAUCUGUUGGCCAGUAAACCAACAGGAAUUCUGUGUAUCCUGGACGAUGAAUGCAGCUUUCCACAGGCAACAGAUAUGUCGUUCCUGGAGAAGUGUCACUUCCACCAUGACAGUAACAGACUGUAUGAGAAGCCGCGGAUGUCGGACCCCGUGUUCUAUGUCCAGCACUACGCUGGCAGGAUCAAGUACAAUGUAAAUCAUUUUCUGGAGAAGAAUAAGGACACUUUAAGGAGUGAUGUCAUAGAACUGUUGUGUGAAAGCAAGAACAGAAUCAUUGCUCAGAUGUUUAAGGAUAUGAGAGAUCGCCUCAUCACAAAGACCCUCAGCAAGUCGACUGGUCGCUAUGUCACCCUCAAACCCCGCACCCCCACCAUCUCCGCUGGCUUCACCGAGUCACUCCUAUCUCUGAUUGACAACAUGUCUAAAUGUAAUCCAUACUUCGUCCGUUGUAUCAAACCAAACAAUCACAAGGCCCCGAUGGUAUUCGACACAAAAGUCGUAUUAGAUCAGCUGAGAUAUACAGGGAUGUUGGAAACGAUUCGUAUACGCAAGAUGGGUUAUCCUGUCCGCAUCAAAUUCCCUAUGUUCAUUUCAAGAUAUCACUGUUUGUUGCAUGGACAAGAUCUGAACACUCGACAGCUGCCAAACACCGUGUGCCAAAUGGUCCUGAACACCCAGGGCUCAGUGUACAAGGACCUCUACAGGAUAGGUGCUACCAAGGUGUUUCUGAAGGAGAGUCUGGAGCAGGUGUUGGACAAAGAGGCCAAGAAGAUCCAGGAUGAGGCUAUCGUGCGGAUUCAAAAGUGCUCACGCAUGUUUUUGGCCCGUAAGAAAUUCCUGCGAGCAAAGACUUCCAUACACAGUUUACAAAGAGCAAUCAGGAGAUAUGCAGCCAGGAAGAAGUUCUUGUUGGUCAGAAAUGGCAUCAUCAAGGCCCAGGCCCAGUUUCGGAUGUACCGACAGCGAAAGAGAUAUCUGAAGACCCGGGAGGAGUUGAAGAGGAAACUGGAACACGAGAGGCUGAUGAGGCAGCGACAGGAGGAAGAGGCGAAGAUGGAGAGGGAGAGGAAGGCUCGACAUGAGCGCCAGAUUGCCUCGAUCACAAACCUGGACAUUCCUGGGGAGUUGGCGUUUGUGUACAAUAAGUUGGAUGAUUGGCAGUCUAUAAACAAUGAUCGGCACAUCAUUACGGUCAAUCGGGAGGUUCAACAGAUGGACCAGCACUAUCGCCUGCCAGAAGACAUCAAUGCUCACGCGUUUAGUAAAUUUACCAGUGUCUUCUUCAAGGAUCCUAACUGGGGCUUCAUGCUUAACCCCAUCAAGUCUUCCCUUACCCAAGGUGUGAAUGGAGAGGAACUGAACCAGAUUGCUGUAGCGGUCUUCAAACUGAUCCUGCGACUCAUGUAUGAUAGAAAUCUCCGAGAUCGCCAAGAAAAGGCCAUGGUUGAUUAUAUUAUUCAAAUGGGUCUACAAAAUGAGGGCUUGAGGGAUGAAAUAUACAGUCAGAUUGCCAACCAGUGCUGGAACAACCAGAAUCUGGGGGCCAUUGAGAAAGGAUGGAAUCUAAUGGCUGCCUGUCUAAGUGCCUUCCCUCCCAGCAAACGAUUAUGCAAAUAUCUUAUCAAAUUUGUGUCAGACAUAGGACUAGAGGGAUACCAGCAGCUGUGCCAACACAAGGCUCUCCAAUGUGCUAACAUAGAGCCAAAGUUCUCCCGCGUGUACCCACCUUGUCUUCUGGAGUGGAGGGCGAUACAACAGAAAGCCAACAUGGCUCUGGAGGCCAGGUUUCCUGAUGGUCAAAAAAUGAUUGGUCAUGUGGAAUCUUGGACCAACGCUGAGCUGUUCGCAAGACACCUGUUGAACAUAAGAGGCUUGCAGGAGAACAGCUAUGGCUGGACAGUGCAGGUACAAGAAGAGGUGGACUACUAUGAGAUUAUGGGAUAUGACUACGUCCUUGACAUUUUGAGUGAGAUGGAGAUACCCCCAGGAUUCCCUUACUGCAAGUCGUAUUAUCUGGCCUCAUCGGACAGGACCAGAGAACCCCCUACCAUGAGAAGAGGCCUCUACAAAAACUCCCCACAUAGCGUGGAUGAUGAGAGAUACCUGAAAUUAUAUGGAUCCCUACCCCAGCCCCUGGAAGUGAAGCACUCUCGCAUCGAGUCCAGAUCGUUCACACCAAGGAGUGGAUUCAUGGAGGAGGGUGAUGAUGGAAUCGAGUUCUCUAUGACAAGUGUACUAAAUCAAAGACCAACAGAAUUAAUGAUGGAUGGACUCUCUGGUUCAAAGUUAAACAUGAGAUAUAACAAACGUAAAGCUCCAAGUCCGCCAACUUUGAAUGGAAAUGGUGUGGUGUCAAAUGGAAUUCCAAAUGGACAUAUAACUCCUAUUGUGGAAGACUUGGAACAAGUUGGGUUGGAUCCAAGGUCCAAAUUAAACACGCGCUAUGUAAACGGUGUGCACAGUAACGGAGUGGGCACCCCAAGGACUGACGAGGACCUCAGUCCACAUUCUAAACUCAAUUCUCGCUAUGUAAAAUCAGGAGUAAUAAUCAAGGAACGUGAGCGUAUACGACGCCACGGACCAGGGAUAGGAAUGUCAAGGAAACAGAACCAGGAUCGCUAUCUGGAGCGUAUUUCUGCUGCAUCUGAUAUCUCUGCAGCGACGGGACAGUCGGACUGGUCCCACUGGGUGGAGGAUGUGUUUAACAAUGCUCUCAAUGAGCAUGUCGACACCCUGAGUGAUGCCCACACCCUGGAGAACCGACUGAAGGGAGGGGGUAAGGGUGUGCCUGGCCCAGGCAUUCAGCCUGCUCCCAUCCCCCCAACAAACCUCCCGCUACUGAAUUUUGGACUCCCAGCUAACAGCAUGCCCACCUCCCCACAAAUGGUGCCUGGGAAUGAUCCUCUACAAAUGGCCGCCCAGCAAAUGGCACAGCAGAACCAGCAACAAGCAUUGUACAAUGCCUAUCUCCAACAGAUGGCUAACCUACAGGCUCAAGCACAAGCACAGGCACAGCUUCAGCAACAGCGACAGCAACAGCAAACUCUAAUGCAGUCAGCACAGCAGCAAAUGUUGCAACAACAACUUCUGCAAAUGCAGCAGCAACAACAGGUUCCCCCAAACCUUGUGAGCCCAGCUUCCAGCUUCAAUUCUGUUGGACCAUUCCCUGUGGUGACACCCAGAGACCAACACCAGAUGAAUGGAGGGAUGCUGAUGACUUCCUCUGCACAACCAUUCAUAGCAAGUGCACAAGGGGGCCAGAUCAACAGUCAAGUAGGAAUGGGAAUACAGAUCCCAGUUUCGUCAGUGACCACAGCAGAAGUGGGCAGCUCUGGUGCCCCAAAAAAGGUCUACAAAAUGAAGAGUCAGUUUGAAGGACACACGGAACACAAGACUUUCGGCCAGCAGAAUGUGGCUCCUGUUGUAAACACAGCAUCCAUCCAAGAUCAGAUUGCAGAGAGCUCAGAGAGGAAGGAAUCUACUGUAAGGAUGGUCUCUGCCCCCGCUCCACCUCCCCCUCCAAAGUACCAGGACAAAGAAAUGAUGAGCCCCCGCAUGCAGCCUGCUCCCCCACCACCCCCACCCCCUCCCCCUGCCAUGCAAAUCACAGAGGACUCUUUUGACAGAGAAAAAGGCAUGUUUACAUUUACUGACAAACAAGGGCGUGCCAGAACUGUUCGAAUUGGAAAGGUUGUCUGGCCUCCUCCCUCGAUGGAGCAGGAGAAGAGGGCGAGGGAAGUAGGUCGGUUAGAGAUCGACGAAAAUGUGAAACAGAAUCUUCAUGACAGAUUCAGUCCUAAGAAACAGUGGAAAAAGCCAGAGGCACCCAAAGAGGAACAGAAGCAUGAGAAGGAACGCAAGAGUAAAUCUUUGGCGGAAUCUGUGCACUUGGCCACCUUACAGUUGUUGGAACAGAAACUAGGAGGGAACAAGGAACAGGAGACCAAUGAGAAGGAAAUUAUUGCCACCAAAAUUAUCCAAGAUCCAGGUCCUCCUCCGGCUGCACCGAAACCACCCGAACCAGUUAAACCACCUGAACCAGUUAAAAAGAAGGAGCCAAUCGUUCCCAGAAAACCGGCUCCUAAACCUAUACAGCAUGAACCAGAACCGAAAAAGCCAGAGAAGGAUGAGGAAGAGCAGGUAGAGCCCCCACCCCUCCCCAGGAGUGCCCCACCCCCUCUGCCUGCCCCCACCCAGGCUCUGGAGACGGUGAGUGUGAAGAAGAAGGAGCCACAGUUUCUGAUCAAUUACACAGAGCUGGAGAAGGUGGUCACACGCCUCUACCCCCAGGGAAAACAGAAGUACCUGUCCUACAGCAAUGUACCCUGGACCCUCAACCUGAGAAAAGAGGUUUUCCACCCACGGGAGCGGCUGGAGAAUCCAAUGGCCCUCCACCUUGUCUUCUGUCAGGUGGUGCAGGAUGUGUACAAUGGCGGAUGUGUCCGCAUCAACAAAGAGGACAGAAUCAAAAUGAGGGGAAUGCUGGAGAGUUAUGGAGUCAACAAAGAUAACUAUUUGAAUGGAAAUUUUAGAGACCAAGUGAAAAAGAUAAUUGUUGACACUGCUAAGGAAUGGCCAACAUAUUUUGCUAAAUUGUUCCCAGUGGCUGGUCAAGGUCAGUAUGGUGGGAUUCGUUACGUGGGAGUUAAUCACAAUGGCAUCAACUUCCUGACGAGGGAGCGGUCCCUGGUGGAGGAUUACCUAGAUGUUGUGGAGCAUCAUAAUUUUGAAGAUAUCAUUGAUGUAGUGCUGCCAACCAAAGACACAGUUCAGAUCAAUCUGAAGAGCAAGUCGGUGGUUCUGUUCACAAACAGGGCCUCACAAUUGAAGGAGAUGAUAGAUCUUUAUCUUCAGGAAUCAGACAAGGGAAACAAGUAUGUGAUAGCUAUCAAGGAGUACAUCACCAGAGAAUCCACUUUGCUGAGCUUCAGGAGAAAUGACAUCAUAAAACUCCUGGAUCCAGAAAUGGUUUUAGAAGAAGGCUGGUUGUAUGGAUCACUUAAUGGAAUGCUGGGAUACUUCCCCGCCGAGUAUGUGCGACCUUUGGCCAGACAUGAGGUUGAAAGGUCAGGUGGCAUGAAAGCUCAGUUAACAGAGCACACGAUUCAGAGAAUGAUAAGACCACCCAGCAGGGAUGGGUAUGCUGACAACAGGAGUGAAACAAGCCAGGGUACUGUGGUUCAGGAUGGCAAAUUCUCCAUGAUGGAGUUUGCUUUGUUGCAUUUCAGAGAGUCCCUUCAAAAGCCUCAAAAUUUGAGCACACCUCGCAGUGAGGCAGGGUACGUGAUGAUGCGGAAAGAAGAUGGGUCGAUUCGAGGCACCAUAAAAAUGAUAGAAAGCCUUAAACUCCGUAGCAUGGACCACGAUAAGAGAGGUAACGUUGAUUGGACCUGGAGGGAGCAGGCAGACUUAGUCAAGUGGACACGGUCCCCAAUUCAAGCAUCUUUACUGAAACUACAGCAACCUGAACUGAACAAACUAUCUUUGGAGUGUUUCCUUUGUAUAAUGAAGUUCAUGGGAGACUAUCCAAUGGGAUCAAGCCAAAAUGAAGUGGACUGUGCUCUUAAAAUUCUUAAAACUUGCCACAAAUACCCAGAACUUCGGGAUGAAGUUUACUGUCAGCUCUGCAAACAGACAACCAGCAAUAGGAGCAUGAAACCGAAGAGCUGCAUCAUGGGUUGGCGGCUGUUUGCCAUCAUUGCCUGUUACUGUGAUUGUACAGAGGCCUUACGGCCGUAUCUCUUUAAAUUUUUGGAGACAACCGCCUCUGAUACUGGCAGAACAUACAGUGGUGCCGCCUCCAUCUGUCUACAAAAUCUCCGCAAAACAUUCAAAUAUGGAGGACGUAAAAAUGUUCCUCUUACUGAAGAAAUCAGUGCCCUGGCUAAUGGGAGAAUUUCAAAGAGAUUUGCCUUCAUCUUUAGUGGGUGUGAAAAAGAGGGAAUGGUCCAAAUCAAGCCAUGCACAGUUGUCAGAGAUGCAGCUGAAGAAAUCUGUGCCAGGUUGAACAUUAGUGACAGUGUGGAGAUAGAAGAGUAUACCUUAUUCCUGAGAACAAAAGAUGAUAUGAUGGGUGUAGUGUUUAGUCGUCUCAAGCCUGAGGAGUACGUUCUCGAUGUGACGGCAGACUUACAUCGUAACAACAGCAGCUAUGAUCUGGUCUUCCAACGGACUGUGUGGUACUUCCCUCUGCGACCCACCGACAACAUCAUGUACAAUGAACUCAUGUUCUUCCAGAGUCUUCCUGACUACCUUGAAGGUCUCGUAGUGGUUCUAAAAGACGGCCGCCUCAGUCGGCGAGAUGAGGAUGACAUUGCCAUUCUUGGAGCCUUACUACACAGAGGUUAUGAUAGGGUCGGCCUGCCAACUAUAAAAGACUUGCAGUUUUUGAUUCCGGAGACGGUGCGUAAAAUGCCAGACUAUCAGCCUCAACAAUGGCUGAACCGAGUCCAUGCCAACAUUCACGACAUCUCAAGGAGGGGUCCUAUGGAGUGUAAAGCAAGAUUUGUAGAUAUUCUCUCACGUUGGCCUUUGUUCGGAUCCACAUUUUUCAGCAUAAGGAAUCCCCCUACACAGCCAGCAAUCAAAGGGGAAUGUAUCCUAGCCGUCAACAAGCAUGGCAUCCACUUCCUGAGCCUGGACACUCAUGAAACAAUUCUGCACUACUCAUUUAGUGAAGUGCUGUCAACUCGACGUUAUCGUAGUGACAAUGGGGACAAUUAUCUCGACAUGAAAUUGGGUAACUUAAUGGUACAGAAGAUUGUCAGAAUUGAAACAAAUCAGGGAUCGGAUAUUUCGAAUUUGAUUGGUCAAUACAUGCAGGUGAUAAAUCGACACAAGAAGCGGCCAAACGACAAAAUGAGUUUGCAACGAUACCACUGACAGUGAUUGGUUAACUACUUAACAUGUACAGAACUGUGUAAAAAUGAAACCACUUUGUGUAUUCUGUGAUAUAUUUAUGUGCUUUAUCAGUUUAGUGCAAAUGUACAGGCUUUAUGGUAACCUUGUGUGUCUGUGAUGGGGACCAGUUGACUCCGAUUAAGGACUCGCACAAAAAUUAACAUUGGUUGGAAAAUAGAGAAAAGAGUCAGAUCUUAAAUAUAUAUUCAGAGCACUUUUAUAUUUCAAUCUGCAGAUUACUCUCCUUUUGUAAGUUUGCAAUGGAAACAAAUCAAAAGAUGUGGGGGAUGAACCUCCACAUCCAUAGAUUUCUUCUGGAUAACAUUUACGGGUUUCCCUCUUUGAUGUCAACUGUACGAAGUAUUCGUUGAUUUGAGUGUACACUUCUGUAGUUUGUAUCCUGGUAUGAGAUGUUUGUUACCCCAAUGUAAAUAUCUGUUUAUUUCUACUUUGUUCAGAUGUUAUGAGGAUUAUACAUUAUUUGUUGAUAUAUUCUUUUUGUAUUUUUGUGACAGCACAGAGCAGUCUUAAGGACUGGGUUCAGUAGUGCUAUUGUCCUAAACGAUUCCACUGAGUUACAUUCCUACAAAAUCUGACAGAGAUGUUUUCCCUGUACUCUGUCUGACUUAGUCAUUUGGCUGCAUAAUAUGACCCUUCUUGUGUUUAUGUGUUUCUUUACCCUGUUGCUUUAACUAGUACAACACGACAACUGCUAUUGGAAUUUCACUUUUCUAAAGUUUAACUAUUUCCAAAUAGCAACAGCAAGUAAAUGUUGACCUUAAUACUAGACAGAAAAUUUUCUGUUAAGGAACGAUUGAAGAUUGUGUCCUCUGUUACAACUUGUGUCCAUGGACUUGCUGUUUAGUGUUCAAUACCAAAUCAAAAUCUGCCAGAUCUGACCUAGUUUCGUUCUAUAUGUACAUGUAUGUAGUCUUAUUGUAUGUGCAAUCACAUGUACCCUAUAUAUAAAUAUAUAUUUACAUAUCAUUUCGUAUACAAUUUACAUAUCAAAUGUAUCAUUUUUUCUGACAUAUUUUUUAUAUUUUCAUGAUGAAUAAUAAACCAUGAAAUGUU